ACUGCGGGAAAGCCGGCCGCCUUCAGACAAGCGCCGCGUGCAGACGCGCUCUCCGCUUGCCAUGGGUCCGCAGCCCGCCACCAGCAAAGCCGCGGGCUAGGGGACUGCAAAGAUCGACGCGGAGAUCUACCGGCGGUGGCCCCGAAGGUGGCGCCGGCAGCUCUCCCGUCCAGGGCGCAGAGUCCGUGCAUCCCCAAGGCCGUCCGCCGCGCUGCAACUUCCCCGGCGGCAGGCUGACCUGCGGGCUGGCUUCAGGCGGAGCGGCUGACCCCUUCCCCGGGACCCCAGCGCAAGGGCGUCUGCAGAGGCUCAAGAAGGCACCGCGACCCGGGAUUCCCGCCGUCUCCACGGAGGAACCCCCACCGCCGAGCAGUUCCCACGGCUGGGCUGGCGCCCCGAGAGACUCAGGUAACUGCAGAUUCCCAGCAAGGGGACUGGCGCGCGUCCCGAGCGCAGCGCAGCCGUCUUCUCACCGUCCUCCCGGCUCGUUUCAGGGCGGGAACGGCCAGGUCGGUGCCCCACCCCCCACCCCCGGGGGCUCCCGCAGGCACCUGGACGGCGCAUCGGGCCCCGCCCCCCCUCGUGCCACGCUUUAAAGAGCCCGCAAGGCCAGCUGCUCCGUCGCGGUCACGGUCAUGGAGGGCACGCCCGCAGCUAACUGGAGCACCGAGCCGGAGCUCGGGAGCGGCGCGCCACCGGGGGCGGAGGGGAACGGCACGGCCGGGCCGCCGCGGCGCAACGAGGCCCUGGCGCGGGUGGAGGUGGCGGUGCUGUGCCUCAUUCUGUUCCUGGCCCUGAGCGGCAACACGUGCGUGCUGCUGGCGCUGCGCACCACGCGCCACAAGCACUCGCGCCUCUUCUUUUUCAUGAAGCACCUGAGCAUCGCCGACCUGGUGGUGGCGGUGUUCCAGGUGCUCCCGCAGCUGCUGUGGGACAUCACCUUCCGCUUCUACGGGCCGGACCUGCUGUGCCGCCUGGUCAAGUACUUGCAGGUGGUGGGCAUGUUCGCGUCCACCUACCUGCUGCUGCUCAUGUCGCUCGACCGCUGCCUGGCCAUCUGCCAGCCGCUGCGCUCGCUGCGCCGCCGGACUGACCGCCUGGCGGUGCUGGCGACGUGGCUCGGCUGCCUGGUGGCCAGCGCGCCGCAGGUGCACAUCUUCUCGCUGCGCGAGGUGGCCGACGGCGUCUUUGACUGCUGGGCGGUCUUCAUCCAGCCCUGGGGGCCUAAGGCCUACGUCACGUGGAUCACGCUUGCCGUCUACAUUGUGCCGGUCAUCGUGCUGGCCGCCUGCUACGGCCUCAUCAGCUACAAGAUCUGGCAGAACUUGCGACUCAAGACGGCGGCGGCGGCGGCCGAGGGGAAUGACGCCGCCGCCGGUGGGGCUGGGCGCGAGGCCUUGGCGCGGGUCAGCAGCGUCAAGCUCAUCUCCAAGGCCAAGAUCCGCACGGUGAAGAUGACCUUCAUCAUCGUACUGGCCUUCAUCGUGUGCUGGACGCCUUUCUUCUUCGUGCAGAUGUGGAGCGUCUGGGACGUGAACGCGCCCAAGGAAGCUUCUGCCUUCAUCAUCGCCAUGCUCUUGGCCAGCCUCAACAGCUGUUGCAAUCCCUGGAUCUACAUGCUCUUCACAGGCCACCUCUUCCACGAACUCGUGCAGCGCUUCCUCUGCUGCUCUGCCGGUUCCCUGAAGGGCGGCCGGCCUGGAGAGACAAGCGUCAGCAAGAAAAGCAACUCAUCCACCUUUGUCCUGAGCCGCCGCAGCUCCAGCCAGAGGAGCUGUUCUCAGCCAUCAUCAGCAUGAGCCACAGGCCUGGCCUAGCCUCUGGGUUGUGCGGACUCUGGUCUUCCCCCCUGGUGGCCGUGCAUGGAGCUGUAUAAGGUGCCUAUUGGUGUGUGACCCUCCUCUUUUUGGGAUAGCUAGGGUGUGACUUGAAGUGGGGAAUUGUCUCUAUGGGAAAUGAUAGGGUCACUCAGCCAUCAGAGGGUCACCUGGAUACCCACCUUCUUUCUUCCUUCCUUCCUUCCUUCCUUCCUUCCUUCCUUCCUUCCUUCCUCCUUCCUUCCUUCCUCCUUCCUUCCUUCCUUCCUUCCUUCCUUCCUUCCUUCUUUCUUUCUUUCUUUCUUUCUUUCUUUCUUUCUUUCUUUCUUCUUUUUUUUUUUCUUUCUUCUUUUUCUUUUACUUGUUUAUUCUGGGAUCUUGUGAAAGGCAGUAUGCCUAGGAUUGGUGGCCAGUUAUGUGAGGAAACCCAGUGGGCUGGGAUGAGGAAUGCAGAUGCAAAGUGGUGCUAAUUCCCUUCUGACCUGAGUCGUGUGGCCAGAUCUUAGUAUCCUUAGGGAUCAGUUUGUCCCAAGAAAUAACUGGGAACUGUAAACUGAACUGUGAGGCCACCUCCUCAGGAAGGCAAUGAGAACAUGGACUGAAAUGUUGAAGAAGCUUAUGCUUGACAAAUAUUGGGGAAGGAAAAAAGAAAUGAGAGCCAUCCAAGAGAGAGAGGAGGAGAGCUGUUUGUACACAGCAUUGACCCACACAUUCACGGUCCUCAGGAACACACACAUGCAAAAGUGUAUAUGUACACACAUGCACAUAGCCCUUCUUCCUUUCCUACCCUCUCUCUCUCUCUCUCUCUCUCUUUGGAGCUGACAGAUGAAUAGCAAAGUUACUGCCAGAUCAAUGUACAAAAAUCAUUGAUAUUUCCUUAUAUUGUUGUGACCAAUAAGAAAGUGAACUUAAGAGACUAUCCAUAAAAGUGCCAGAAUAAAUACAGGAGGGCUAGGGUUAACAGAGAAAAUGGAAGCCUUGUGCCCUCACAUCUGCAUACAGCACCGAAAGACUAAAGAAAUGGAGCCACCUUGUGCUUAUGAAUCAGAGAUGAAAUAUUGUUGGACAGAUUUGAUAUAAUCCUCAUCAAAAUGCUAGCUGGCUUCUACAAAAAUUGAUAAACUGAUCCUAAAAUUCCCAAGGAGAUGGGAAUUGGGGUGAUCAAAAUGCUUCGGAAUUUGUGGUGGGUGCACGAUUCUGAGAACAUAUUGAAAAAUCACUGAACCAGGGGCUGAGGAGCUGGCUCACUCAGCGAAGUGUCUGCUGAGCAAGGAUGAGGGCCUGACUUCAGAUACCUGCCAUUCACACAGAAGCCAGGCUCAGUGGUGUGUGCCUGUAACCUCAGCCCCAAGGGAGGAGACAGGUGGAUCGCAGAGACUUGCUGGCCAGCCUAGCAGAUUGAUCAGCUUCAAGUUCAGCAAAGGUCUCUAUCUCAAAGUAAACAAGCAAAUAAAUAAAAAUAAGGUGGAGAGUGAUGGAGAAAAACAUCUGAAGUUGAGCUUUGGUCUCUACAUGUACAUGUGGAUAUACACACACUUACAUGCAAGCAGACACCCCUACACACACACACACAAAAAAAAAAAAAACCCACUGAACUAUAUUCACUUUGUGAAAAAAAAAAAAAAAAAGUUCAAGAGCCGAAUUCUGAAAAAAAACCAAAAUGAUGGAUGAAUUUCAUGGUCCAUCUUCCUUGGUCUUUCUCCUGUGACUCAUCACCUCCAAGUGUCUGAAGGAGAGGCUGGCUCUAUUCUGGCCUGUGAAAACUGUGAUCACCCUUAUCUGGCUUUAACAAAGGCCCAAGGGACACUCUGCAGCUGCCGUGCCCUGUCUUCUUUAGAACAGCAAUUCCCCAGGAGUCUCAAAGGUUUUGUUUAUCUGAUAAGCAUGCUCUCAAAUGUCCUCUCAGCCUUGAGGGCAGGAUAUGACUGUGUCUCAGAAAUACCUUCGGUCAUUAAAUUGAAAAGUGGCUUUCGGUCUGUGGCUGGUCACCAUGCACUCUGGAGCACCUUUGAAAUACCCAGACCCAUUUCUGGACUUACUGAGAUAUAUCAAGAGCACUUUCAAAAAGCCUCAAAUCUGCAGAUUCAGUUUGCCACCCCCCUCCCAAUUUCUAAGCGCAUUUUUCUUCUUCCAUCCUGCAGUAUUUGCCCAGACCCACACAUAUAUCUGUAUGUACACCUGUACACGUGACUGCGAGCCAUACAGUCCACUGUUCAGGGAGGAGGGAGGGAGCAUUGUGCCGCCUUGUUCGGCACCCACCAUUUAGGGCAAGCUGGUUGGCCCCAGCCGGAGACGGAGGCAAUGGCACUUAUGUACCCGGCGCCAUCGCAUAGUAGUCCCACUCCUGCGUUGCAGUAUCAUCACCAGCUAGUCCUGGAUCUUUGAGAAUCUAGCAGGGUUCUGAAGCUUUGGGGUGUCAGUGCCUAUGUUCUAGAUCACCCUGGGUACACAUACGGCAGGAGGGUGGGGCCUGUUGGCGUCUGUGUCUUGCAGCUGUCCCGAUCCCUUGUUGUUCACUGAGAAGUUGCCAUCCUUAGAGCCAACAGGGGUUGUGGUAGGGGUCAAGGGAACAGUGACUCAGCUAUUCCGACCAGGGGGCCACAGUGAUCCUGAGAGCCCCAGAGGGCAUGAAAACAUAUUGGCAUGCUGCGGUUGUCAUUCUACUUGAAAGCUCUAGCUGGUACCUUGAGGCUUGUUAUGGUUCUGACACCUGUGCCUAUGUCAUAAUAAGUGACAACUGCCUUCAUCAGCAACCUUGGAUUGGUUCCCCCUGUCCCAAUCUCACUGGAGAAUACUUUCACCUUUUCUUGUUAUUUCCCCAACCAAAGCUUAGGAUCUCUAGGGGUUCAAGACACUCCCCCAAUCCUGUGGCCUGUGUUCUCCUUCCUCAGAUACCCACACCUGACAUCUGCAACGUCCUUUCCUAUUUUCCAACCUGUUUCCAGUCCUUGUGCAGGGCUGGAGGUCGUAUUAAAUCGGAGCAUGCUGAAUGUUCUGGAACGUUUCAUUGUUCUGACCACAAGAAGUCAAGAGUGCAAACAGGGAGGGUUAUUUAGGCCCUGAAAAAAAAUCUACAUUUAAAAAUCUGUGGUCUUCUUUUGGGACAAACCUGAGUCAUCACUCCAGAAGGCAUGAGGGGACAUCAGUGCAGGCUGCCAGAAUGAUCAUCCUGGCUUCAGCGUGUAACUGUUUUGUAUUCAAUUGCAAUGAGAUGCCACUUAGCUCACAGUGUGAACACUUUGGCAUGGCUCUUCCAUGGACUGUGUGGUGCCCCGUGUCCCCUGCAUCUGGUGAGUGACUUGGCCAAUCCUGAAAUGCCUGCUUUACCAGCUGCUUCAUAAAAGGUGCACUUAAUAAACAUUUUUUUUCUAUAUA